AUGCGUCUCCGAACCACAGCCGUUUUCCUGAGCGCCGCCGCCGUCUUUCAGGGCGUUUCUGCUCAGUUCUGUACGGGGCCUCCCCCGGACUGCAACUUUGAGGACGAAGAGAUGCUGCCGUCUCAUGCUGUUCCGGAGCUCUUUACUGCCCUGCCUAGUCUGACAGGAGAGAAGGCCAUCCAUGUGGUGUCAGACAGCUCAAACAUCCACUCUCAUGGAAGCGUGAUGACUUUGAUGUUAUAG